AUGGCAGCUACUCAGGUCGCUCGCAACUCGAGCUUCAAUGGCUUUGACGAUCUCGUCAACAAGGUGCCUUCCUCUCCCGCCCUUCAACCUCGUGCUCGCACCGCUUCUUCCGCUUCUCAGGCAUCUCUCACCAACGCUGCCGAGUCUUGCAUCAAGACCAACACAGCUUCUUCUUCCUCCUCGACUUUGGCCGCUUCUACCUUGAACAUGCGCAAGGUUGGUCUUGAUGAGAAUCAGCCUCCCCCACCUCCAGGCUCCUCGCCCGAGGUCUUCUUUCGCUACUACCUUGCCCUCGAGUUGCGCAAGGCUGGCACUCAGCCCAGCGAAGCCCUCCUGGACAGGUAUGUCCGCAAUCACUUUGACAGCCUCUUCAAGAACAAGGGCAAUGCUCAGCAGGCUUGUACAUCCGACACGAGCGCCUUAUCUCGGCCUCGAGCAUCUACUUCGCAGGUCACUGUCGCUGCCGUGGCACGUCCACCUCCUCCUCAGUCCAAAGCUGUUGCAGCUGCUCCCGCUAUCGUCUCUGUUGCCGCUCCCACUCCUCAGCAUGUAGCGUUUGCUCCCCUCCUGUCUGCCGCCGACAAGGCUGUCAGCCCACCCGAGCUCGACACUACCGCUGAGUCGCCUGCUCUCUCGUCUCGUAGCUACUCGCCUCUUGCCCCUCCUCCUCUCCUCAACAGCAUCGGUGAGGACGAGGCUCUUGUCGACUUUUCCACUGUCUUUGGCGAGCCUAGCUCUUGCCUUCUAGCUGAGCCAUCGCAACAUAUUGCUCUCGGAUCAUCUUCCACCGCCAUCAAGUUUGAGGAUGAUUCGGAUCAGAUGCUUGGCUUCUUCCGCACCUCGCCCUUCCGCACCUCGCCCUUCCGCACCUCGCCCUUCCGCACCUCGCCCUUCCGCACCUCGCCCUUCCGCACCUCGCCCUUCCGCACUACCGAGAUGGAAUCGGCCACCAUCGACCCUCACGUUGUCGAAAGCGGUGCAGUCAACCCCUUUUCCAUGGCUAUGCCUUGCAUCAGCCCUUCCAAUCUCACCACUGCCGAUCUCACCACUGCCAACACGAACACGAACAAGAGCUGCUACACUAUUGGCAACCUUACUGGACAGGUGGAGAUCAAGGAGGUUGCUACUCCCAUGUCCGAGGACGAUGAUGAGGAACAUGAGAGCGACGAACACGGCAGCGGUCGUUCAGGUGACAACUCUGCUUGGAAAGGGACGAAGAGCAAGCCUCUCAACACGAUCCCCAUGGCUGUUGGCGAUAUCAACUAUCUCAAACCCGACCCAGAAGAGUACAAGAAGCUCAGCAGCAGAGAGAAGCGUCAACUGCGCAACAAGAUUUCGGCUCGUAACUUCAGGACUCGUAGAAAGGAGUACAUCACUCAACUCGAGGAGCAGAUCUCUGACCGUGACACGAUCAUCGAAGGUCUCCGUCAGCAGAUCUCUGAGCUUUGCGUCGAGAACAAGAGUCUAAAAGAAGAAGUUAAGACGAUAAAAGGUAGGACGAUCUCGAGCACGGAUGUGGGUAAGAUUUUGGAGGCGUUGCAGAGCAUCACUGUUCCCACUUGGGCCGGUGGUGUUGGUGGCAACGGUGUGAGCUCUGGCCGUACAAGUCCUAGCCAGGAAAUGCCUUUGACUCCAGGUGCGUUGCUCAACUUUGGCAAUGAGGGUGGUGGAAGCAGACCAGCUACUCCUACAUUGAUGAUUCCUGGUUCGCCAAGGUCUCAAUCGCCUAGGCCUAGUUUGUUGAGGAGGAGUUCGCCAAGUUUGAUGCCUCAGGCGAAUACGAAGAAGGAUGUGGCACCGAGCAUGGCUAGUAGCUUCUGGGGUGGAGUUGGGGGUGCAAGUGCUAGUUCUACUUUUAUGCCUGUUUGUUGA